AGCGAGUGUACUGAGGAAUGCAUGAGUAUCAUACAAACACUGGCCCGGUAGAAUCGACAUCGAACGUUUUUAGACUUUCGACAUAAUCUGCGACAAAAUAUUAACAUUGCGAGCGAUUGCAUGCAGAACAGUUACAUUAUGAAAUAGAAUAAGAAAGUAAACAGUAAGAAACAAAUAGUAAAAGUAGUAAAAAAAACGAGUGAUAGUAAAGUUUCGCGUGUACGCUCGUUUCCGACAAUCAGCUGACUUCCGGUACUAAUAUGAGACGUUAGGAUGUUAGUAAGGUGUUUCGAUAGUUUUGCUCGACAUAGAGACGUGUCUUUCACGAAACGAAAUACGAGGCAUAUCUCCCUUUUACGAGGCUAGCGCGAAUGGUGCGUUUUUUUCUCUGCCUAGUUCCGGCCGGAACAAAGUGAUGUAAAUAUCUGCCUAACCACGCAGAGGAUCACCGAAACACAUUUUUCAAAGCUCAGUGACUUUGGCUCGUGAAACGCUGUCGAGUUCCCUAUGCUACUAUCCCCGUUAUCCGAAUUUUAGCGGAUAAUUUUGUAUUGUGCCUCAUGGAUGUGUAACGUUAUCGCUGUUAGUCUCAUUGUCGAAGACAGUAUGAAUUCGAAAGAGAACGGUGGGAAUAAUCAGAGUAAAACGGAGGUUAAAGUGGACAUUGGCUUGAAAAAUGAUAAUCAAUCCAUGGAUCAGAGUCCACCUAUCACGGUCAAAGCGGUGCAGCUGGAAAACAGAACUGCCACGGAAGAAUUGAGAUUGAACAAUAACAGCAGCGAGAAUAACAUUAAGCUUGUGUCACCUUCCAAGACCUCUGCUGUAUUUUCCAAUGGAACAAAAUCUGUUCAAGCUACCAUGCCUGAUAGUGCCAACUCAUUAGAACAGACUGUUUCUCAAGAUGUGUCGAAUGUGAACAUAUCUUCCGUGUUUACGAGUACCGCCAAUAUCAAGCCUCAGACUGCAAACACCAAUGCUAUGUGUCAAUUGAAGCAUAAGACUGUCAUGAAUACAAGCACACUGAAUUUGCCUAAGUCCCAAAUGCACUUGAAUUUAUCUUCCACUCAAACAAAUACGCAUGUCAAUCAUGAUUUAGCAUCAGUUGUUCUUAAUUCUACAGCAACGACUAGUGCUAUAUUACAUUCAAGUAUAUCUACAUUAAAUACAUCAUUAAUGUCUCCUAAUUUAGCAACAAUUAAAUCAAACGAUGACAUAGACAUGAAGAACAAUGUGGAUUACUUAUCUGCCAUAGAGAAAUGCCCUUCUAAGGUUUCUUGCAGUUCAGAUUCUAGUCCAGAGGCUGAUUGUUCCUGGACACCAAAGUCCUAUGGAUCUAAACGUGUACUGAAUAAUAUAAGUGGUAGUAUAGGUUCAACGAGUCAAGGUACUUGUUGUUUUUUAAGACCUAACAUCAAUGGCAGCAGAGAAUUGGCUGGACCUAGUGGGCUGCAGAGAACUUCACAAAGGGAACAGGUAGAACGGAUGGAUUCUAGUUCCGGAAAUGAAGGGGACAUGUCUGAUGGAGAAGACUAUUGUAUCUAUACUUACAAAGGUAACGAUGAUGCGAUUCAUUUAAAUCAACAACAAGAAUUAAAUCAGGGCCAUGCAGAGAAUCAUGAGGCAGAAGGACAGAAUCACAGUGGUAGAUCAAGUCCAGAAAUGGAUUUCCUGGAAAUGGACUUUGAUCCUGGACCUUCUUGCGAACAGGAUACUGGAGAUAGUGAUUUAGCCUCUAUAAAUGAAGAUAUACAGAAUAUAGCAUUAGAUAAUGUAGAACCAGACCCGGUAUUGAAUGAUCUGAGUAGCGGAAAAGUCGUAUCUAGGCAGGGAUUAGUGACUACUCCACAGACUUCGAAACAAAGUACACAGAAUGUUAACCAUACGACUUUCCAACAAUGCACAAAUAAUCAACCCGCUAUAGAACAAAGUGUGAAAUCAACUUACUCUGCACCGUGGAUGCCUAGUACUAGUUCUGGAACUGGGAGAUGGGACAGCGCGACGCUGUAUCGUAAUACAGGUUGUCCAUUACGCGAAUCUUAUGGCUAUCAUAAUACGAGUGGCGAUCUUAUCUCACCCGGUGAUAAUAGAGAUUCGGAUUCAGAGUUAUGGGCCGAACCGUCGACAGCUUCCGUUCCGGAUAAUUCCAACUUGAACGCUAGGAGAGUUAAUCUCAGUUCUACACUUUAUCAUCGGAUGAUGGCAAAGAAAUUGAUGCUCAAUAAGCAAGCUGCGUUUAAUCAAAGUGGUGAUUCCAAUCUGGAAAAUGAAUUAUGUAACGAACGAUUAGACGGACUACCACCAGUUGAGAAGGUAAUGUUGUGGAGCGAGCAAGAAGCUACAAUGAAACAAGUAACACAAAUUGGUACAUCUGCCUGUGGCGCUACAUCCGCGAUAAAUGCAUUGCUGGCCUUAAAUAUAUCAUUUUCUCUGGAAGUGUUAGUAAAAGGUGUAAAUACAAGAUUGAGAGAAUUAGGUGUGUCGUUACCGAGAUAUCUUGUCAGUCGAUCGUUAGCAGGAGCGACUCAUAAAGAUAUAGCGCGAGGAAUAUCUUUGUCCACAAAUGGUGCAGCUGUAACAAAAUUCUUUGCAUUUUAUCCGGAGAGGAAAGUGUCAUUAUCUCAUUGGUUGCAUUAUUGGAUUUCUAAAGGCGCUGCACCAAUCGCAACCUUGAAUUUACAACAUUGCGGAGAGGGUUGCGAUAUACCAGAUGCGUGGCAUCAUCAGAUGAUAUUCGGUGUAGGACAAGCUGGCAUAUACUUAACAAAUCCCUUGGAAUGUUUGCCUGAACAGCUUGUAUGGCAUCAAUUAAUUAGUCCCAGUAUUCUCUUAAUACGAAAAACGGACGUUCUAGCGCAUUGGAAUGCAAAUACAGAUCUAACGCCGCUUGCAACAAUGGAUCAGAAAUGGCGGAAGCUUAAUGUUCUUGGACAAGUUGUAAAUAUGGUACGUGAAGAAAUGAGCCAAAGGCAACAAUCUACCGGAACGACUCACAUUCGCAUCCCGGCAUCUUAUCAAGCAGGCAUUACGUUGGUUAUGUGUGCAGAUUCCGCUGCAGCCACCGAAUUGUUACACGCAGAGCAACUACCAUUACUCUAGUCUUAUUGAUCAAACUCAAUAAAUAUUGGACUAGCCCAUUUGAUUCACAAUAAAUUUUAUUAGCAGGCUAGUCCACACAAUGCUCUUAAUCAUUUAAUUUCAUUUACUAUGUAAGUCAACAGGAAUGUGGAAAUAAUUUACAUUUUUGACACAAGACGCGUUUGUAUUCAAAGAGAAUAUUAUAGAUUGAAAUAUAUUUCGGUAGAAUAUUUCUGUUUAUACAGUUAUAUUCAUUGAUUAUGCUAGAAAGAGAAAAUCUUCAUAUAAGAUUGUAGUUGAGAUGUAGGUUUACAUUGGUAUAAAGAGUUUCAUUAUACAUAUUAUUUCUAGAAGAG